UCGAUUUGCGCCAGGGCAACGCCUUCGCGAGUGGGUUCCCCGCGAGGCUCACGAGGAGAACCGUCGUUCUCGCGCCGCUUGUCGCCUGACCCUUAGCGGGCCCCGCCUGAAGGAGAACGCACGCGAAGUCGGCCGCCAUUUUGCUCCCUGGACGGACGAUGAGCCGCAAUUUUUGCCCCGUCGCCUUUUCCUUUUGGGCUUUGCUUGUGCUGUUCAGGGAAGCCGCGCCCAAAGCCCUGCCCCCCAUGAAUCUUUCCGACGGAUGUGGAGCAAGGCCUGCAAUAGUUAACAUAACAGCAGAGACUCAGUCUUUAGGUGGACAUGUUGCUCAGCUUGGAGCAUGGCCAUGGCAAGUUAGUCUUCAGAUUUAUCGUGUUCCAUCAGGUCGAUAUCAGCAUGUAUGUGGCGGAUCUUUAAUUAAUAACAACUCGGUACUGACAGUAGCACGUUGCAUUGAGAAAUGGGUGAACCCAGAAUAUUGGAGAGUUGUGAUUGGUUUACAUCAUCUUUAUAAACCUCAUUCUCACACCAUAAGUCAUCGGGUGAAAAGUAUCAUUGUCCAUUCUGGUUUCAAGUGGGACAGCUAUGAAAAUGACAUUGCAAUGUUUAAACUUGUGAAGCUUGUUGAGUACAAUAAAUAUAUUCAGCCUAUCUGUUUACCUCAGAAUUCUCAUCUAGUGACUGAUAAGAAUCCAUGUUACAUAAGUGGAUGGGAAAACAGAAAGAAAAAAGGCAAAAUUGAAACUGUAUUACAAGAAGCUCAAGUAAUUACUGUUCCACUAUAUGUCUGUAAUAAAUAUGAACGGUAUAAAGAAAGAUUAUCAACUGAUAUGAUUUGUGCUGCCUCACCAACAAAUAGCUGUAUGGAAGAUAGUGGUGGACCUUUGAUGUGCUAUUUCCCAAAUGUAUCCAAAUACUAUCUGAUAGGUAUCACCAGUUUUUCCAGUGGCUGUAAUCAAGAUGAUUAUCCAGGUCUCUAUACACGUACAAUUAGCUACAGAAAAUGGAUAGAUUUUAAUCUUCAUGACAAAACUACAACCGCAAUGAACAUCCAAAGUAUUGUUGUUCUUUUAACUAUGGAAUGGAUAACCUUUCACCUUCUAUAAAUAGACACAUUCUUAGGUGGACUAUUUAACAUUUCUGCUUGUUUAUUUAAACUAUGUCAACUAAUUGAGUUUGUAAUUUAUGACUUUACAAUCCCAGCAGCACUUAAAAUAUAUUUCAUUUGUAAUUUUAGUUAUCAGUCACAUUAUUAAAUAUUUUUGUAUUGUUGUAUUAAA